AUGCAACCCUUUACAGCCACAGUCACUUGCGCAUCAUCUCGGCGAUCACGUUCUUCUCAUGCCCGCUGCCCACGCAACCGCAGCCUUGCCAGGGAACUGCAUACGAUAGGGGCCAAAGACUCGUCGGAACUUGCAACAGUAGCUAUAAAAGCUUCGGCUUCUCCCCCCUCUGCAGAGCUUCAGUCAAACAUUGUUACUCCUUACGCUGACGUCCAAAACUUGAUUGUCUCGACGAAAGGACCUCUGGUGAAGUCCCAGUCGAAUCAUAUGCAAUCGGUGACCGAUGCGUUCGAGGCUUUCAAAGCGGCCCAUUCAAUUAUACCUUUUAAACAAACAGAAGCCUGGGUGCAAGGCAAGAUACUAUGUCCCUUCCUUGAGAAGCCGCUUUAUCGAUAUGAUAAUAUUAUGUAUUGUUUUGACUUCUCCAGAAGUUUGGCUUUCUUUAAAUGGUCAAGUCUCCAUACCCUUCCUCGUGACAUCUUGGCUCGCUACAACGACGAACUGAUGUCACAAGUCUCACGUCUUUCGGACGCUCUUGUGGUGGCUCUGGCGCACCGCGAAGAGCUCCGUUUACUGCGUGAAACACAGGACGACCUGGUUUUACUUGCCAACGCUGUCGAACGACGACGACGCCGCGCUGCACGCGAGGCUUUACAGGCGACAGCGGCCUCCACUAGGGCAUUUAGUCGGGGCCGGGCAGGCAGUUCCACGAGGAGUAUAGGCCAAGUGGGUCUAUGAUCCAUCUCUUAUUUGCCUGGUUCAAUGAUUUCACUCGAUCACUGCCACCAUAUCCAUGCUACUCGAGGCAUUAUGCUCUACAAUCUGCCCAAAGCCUUUGGUAGCACCUAUGCGCCAGCCUCACUAAGCAAGCCCAAAAAGUAUAGAUUAUCAAGUGGUAUAGAAACCUCGCUUAGCACUGCAGAUUCCUUUAUCACUGGGCGGAGUAUGCAUCUGGUAAAUCUCGUGGUCAAGCCUUUAUUUCAUGGACCACGUCUAUGA